AUUAAACAUAAGCCUGUUUGACCAAAAAAAAAACGUCAGUUUUUAAUUGUUUGUUUUUAAGUCCAAAAGUUGACUCCCUAAACUCCCAACGUAAUCGAUUAGCCCGAGUCGAAAUGUAAACAGCCCCUAUUUGUUGAGCUGAAAACACUCAUAUGAAUUCACAUGAAUGUGCGGUCGCGUUGUGUCGCCCGAUGGCAAGAGACUAUACUAAGCAAGGGUCCAGCGGGCUGGGUCUAUGUCUCUCCGGCAACAAUGGAGAAAAAGGGGUAUUUGGGGAAUAAAAACUCCCCUUCCUCUCACUCCACUUACACAAUGCCCGAACCGUGUAAAUCGGCAGUUGUGUUGAAGAAAGGGGCAAGACUCGAUGGGAGCGCUUAGAAUCCUGUUGGUUGUCGGAGGCAACGUUUGGCUCCUCUACCUGGGUCGCAGAUGCGUUAAAAACCUGACACUUCUCCAGGUCGAGAGAAAGUUUUCGACGGAAAAUGAACAAAUGGCCCCAGUGAGUUUCCUUGUGAUCUUGAAGUAAAUAGUUGUUUGGGGUUUUGGAGGUCUGCAGGCUGCUCCGCACGAAUUGGAAAUAAUCACCGUGUCAGUUUCAUCUUUCUUAUGCAAAGUAGCUGUCUUUGAAGGCGGAUCUUUUGGCAGGUUAGUUCAGGACGACAGCGACUGCACAGCGCCCAGUUUUCACAGCAGCUCACAACUCUAAAGUCUGUUUAGCGGAGCCACUCUUGGUGGUUUGCACUGCCGCGGUUUCUUUUAAAGUUAUAAAAUGUUCAUAACGAAUUGUUCGUAGCAGGCUGAGCUGAAACUGCACAACACGGCGACUCGGUUUACAGCAAUGCAGUUGUGUGGAGAUACUUCAGUUUACUUCGUCUCGUGGUAACCGUGCGCAAGAGCCGUGAUCAGAAGCAGAGAAGUGCCUUUUGCCGGGGAAAACGACUCUUCGCGGAUGUCUGUGUAGAAAGGAAGAAUUUGUAACCGUUACUUCACAACCCUCUCUGUUUUCGUGGAAUUACAAUACAGUUCUUUUCUUAUGGACCUUUGAUUAUGCUCUUGAAUGACUUGCGUGAACGGAUUUUCAGGAUCCGUUAACACGGAGUGCACGUUAUCUCUGAAAUGAUAUGAAAAUCCCAGGACUUAACUUGUCUUUUUCCUUGGAAUACUUUUACCUUCUUUUGGGGAACACAAUGGCAAUAGAUUUGACUUUAUUUAAAUCGAAGUUGUGAUUCUGCUUCGGGACGCUCAAGUUCACUAAUAUUACCGAUACUUGACAUUGCCUUUCGGGGAACCAAUCGUGUGGAACAUUAAACAGGGAUUGUACAUGAUCGUAUCUCGGAAUUCCGAAAAGCAAAUGUCCUAGUUCAUGGUGCAUUGGUCAAUUUUAAUGAGUUUAGUGUGUUGAAGGAGAAACAAUGACAGUCUCAUCCAGUAAGAUGACUUUUCUUUGCCUGUUGCUGGCGUGCAGGGCUGCCCUCAGCUCCGUCAUCAGCUCCCUGGACCCGGAGCAGCCGGGGGAGGGCCGCUGCCAGAAGAUUGCCAUCCCUAUGUGCAAGGACAUCGGCUACAACCUCACGGUCAUGCCCAACCUGAUGGGCCACGAGGACCAGAACGAGGCGGCGAUCAAGCUGCACGAGUUCGCGCCGCUCAUCCAGGUGGGCUGCCACAGCCACCUGCGCUUCUUCCUGUGCUCGCUCUACGCGCCCAUGUGCUCGGAGAAGGUGUCCAUGCCCAUCCCCUCGUGCCGCGUGAUGUGCGAGCAGGCCCAGCAGAAGUGCUCGCCCAUCAUGGAGAAGUUCAACUUCCACUGGCCCGACUCGCUGGACUGCUCCCGGCUGCCCACCAAGAAUGACCCCAACCACCUGUGCAUGGAGGCCCCCAACAACGGCUCAGACGAGCUGUCUGACUUCCAGCCCAAGAGGCCCAGCAGCAGCCUAGGAGGAGGAGGAGGAGGAGGAGGAGUGAGUGGAGGAGGAGGUGGCGGUGGUGGUGGCGGUGGCGUGACAGGGUCCAGCGGGAGCGGGCGCAUCCCCGCGGGCAAAGACGUGUUGGAGGGGGGCCGCGAGGCCACGGCGUGCGGAGGCGGCGACCCGCGCAAGUUCCACUACGUCCAGAAGAGCGGCUCGUGCGCGCCCCGCUGCUCCCCGCGCGUGGACGUCUACUGGAGCCGCACCGACAAGCGCUUCGCGGCGGGCUGGAUGGCGGCCUGGUCGGUGCUCUGCUUCGCCUCCUCCGCCUUCACCGUACUCACCUUCCUGGUGGACCCGCAGCGCUUCCGCUACCCAGAGCGGCCCAUCAUCUUCCUCUCCAUGUCCUACUGCGUCUACUCGCUGGGCUUCCUGGUGCGCCUGUCCGUGGGCUCCGACAGCGUGGCCUGCGACAGCGACGCCGGAGUCCCGUACAUCAUCCAGGAGGGCCUGGAGAGCACGGGCUGCACGGUGGUCUUCCUGGUGCUCUACUACUUCGGCAUGGCCAGCUCCAUCUGGUGGGUGAUCCUCACCCUCACCUGGUUCCUGGCCGCCGGCAAGAAGUGGGGUCACGAGGCCAUCGAGGCGCACAGCUCCUACUUCCACCUGGCGGCGUGGGCCGUGCCGGCGCUCAAGACCAUCCUCAUCCUCACCAUGAGGAAGGUGGCAGGGGACGAGCUGACGGGCCUGUGCUACGUGGGCAGCAUGGACGCCGAGGCGCUGACGGCCUUCGUGCUGGCGCCGCUGGCCUGCUACCUGGCGGCGGGCACCUGCUUCCUGCUCUCGGGCUUCGUGGCGCUCUUCCACAUCCGCCGCGUCAUGCGCACCGGCGGCGAGAACACGCACAAGCUGGAGCGCCUCAUGGUGCGCAUCGGCGUCUUCUCCGUGCUCUACACCGUGCCCGCCACCUGCGUCAUCGCGUGCUACUUCUACGAGCGGCUCAACAUGGCGCACUGGAGGACGCUGGCUAUAGAGCAGAAGUGCCUAGAAGGUGGAGGCUCGUCGUCGUCAUCGUCGUCAUCAUCAUCAUCAUCCUCAUCUCUGUCGUCAUCGUCGUCCCAGCUGCAGGGCGGAGGUUCGGGCGAGGAGGGCGGCGAGUGCCUGCUGCGGAGCUCCAUCCCGGCGGUGGAGAUCUUCAUGGUGAAGGUGUUCAUGCAGCUCGUGGUGGGCAUCACCAGCGGCAUGUGGGUGUGGACCUCCAAGACGCUGCAGUCCUGGCAGGGCCUGUUUAGCCGCAAGCUGCGCAAGCGCACGCGCCGGAAGGCUGCCUGUGUCUUCACCGGCGGCGGACGCUACCUCAAGCCUCAGCCUCCCACGCUCAAGGGCCAUGCCGGUAAAUAUGAGCCCCCCAUGAGCACAGGACCCCCAGCUACCUGCGUCUGACCCCACCCACACACACACACACUCACACACAUGCAUACACACCCUGCAAGCUCUUGCCUCUAAUCAGUUUCCUCAGUUUACCUUGGGACCUCUGAAAGGAACACACACUGUUUCGUAUUUAUUGUGUUUUUUAUGAUAACUCACAGUAAACAAAAAACUGACUGGAAUGAUAUACUUCUCUACGAUGCCUAGAAGACAGUUUAACCCUUCUUACUGCUGCCCCCACUACCUUAAUGCAGUCACAGCAUUGAUGGAUUUUAUGAAAGACAUAAAGCGAUAGAAAGACACUGAAAUCAAAGGGGACAAAAGGGGACCAGUCUGUCUCUGGGAUGUGUUGGUAAGGCCCUUCUGGAAUACUGUGCCAUUGAUAUUAUUGUGAGAGGAGCUGUUUAGCACUAUACACAUAGUUCAGAUAUGAUAGCUAUUCAGAUGUUAUGGAUUGAGGGGUCAUAAAGAUUGUGUCUCCUCUGUGCCAGAGACAGUGUCACACACACAGACGGUGUCUCUCAGUCCAGCUGCAAAUGGGGACGUACGACUAAAAUCACAGGGGUCCUUCACUUGCACAUGGACGCCUACUGCCUGUGGCCAAAGUGUACCCAGACUGCAAACUAAAUCAAACAAGCACUAGAUUUUACAAAACAAAGGAGACGAGAGACGCGUUGGAUGUUUCGUUUCGUUUUGUUUUGUUCUGUUUUGUUUUAGAUGUUUGUUUUUUUGUACAGUGAAUCCUUCCUUUGUUUUGACCCCCACCUACCCCUGUUUCUCGCUCUUUUUUAGCACAAUGCAUUGUAUAUAUUGAUAUUUUAUAAGAAAUGAAUAAAGCUUUCUAGUUUUAAAUGUUGA